AUGCGAUUCGUCGCUCGCAUAGCCUUCAUAGUUGCGGCGACGUUUAUCGCCGGAAUCGUCGUCACUCAGCGUUAUAUAACCUCCUACAGCGAGUCAAAUCUCUUCACUACAACACGUACGACAGAGGAUAAGACUCCGCUGCUACAUUCAAAUCCGGUUGGUAAAGAACCCUAUAGCAGCCAUUCGUUUCUUGGAGUUCGCUCAAGUGACGACACCUACACAGUGACGAAAUUCAGUGCAGACGAUGUUUCGCCGAAGUCUUUCGUGGCGGUCAGCUCCUCUGUUUUUGCGUUAGGAGCGGCGUACGAUGCACGCGAAGGAAACAUGGGUCGGCAGCAUAUUCGAGUGCUACUCGUCGCUCGUCCUCAUCGUAACCUCAUGUGUCGCUUUCCAAAUGGCACCGUCAUCGAUGGUGGCAAACUGUAUGAAAUGUCGGAAAACCAUGCAAUGAUCUACGGUGUUUACUUCCUUAACUGUCCGUUACCAGCGAACGAAAGCCUUGCUGACCGAAUCGAAGUGAAGAUCGCAACUAAAACGGCUUUGUGGAGAUCUGUUCCAAUUAUAUACGAUAUACCUCGUGAAAGCGACAUAAAAGAGUACAAAUACGAGCUAACAAUCUGUCUACCGUUUCUCUUCGGACGUAAAUAUUCCGCAGAGCAUUUCAUUGAGGUGGGACACAUUAUCGUGCUGAAAAGGGACCAUACAAUAACUUGCGGUGACCGUGCGCGUGUGAAGUGUGCCACUUGCCACUACACCACCUCUACCUUUUACGAGAAGUUAAGUGAAAAUAAAAACUAUUUCCCAUAA